UCAACUUCCUCUACCACCCAACGAAAAAUGCAUCCCUUGGAGAAAGAAGUGGGUUAGUCUAGGGUUUAUUGGUGGUGAUGCCCACGCCCCAAAUACAGGUGAAGUUUCAGAAGUAACCCAAGCUUAUCUAAAGCGAUUCCUUGGAAGCUAAUGCCACAGCCAGUCAGCUCCAAAGUUGUGACUUCAUCCCAAGCCAGACGGCUUAAGUGGGGAAAGUAACAGCAAGGAGGCGACAAAGGAAAGGCGGUUCAAGUUUGUCUGCUUGUGAAUGAAGAGCGGAUAUGGAACGUUGGAUCCGAAUUUUAAAUCCGGCGGGAAAGUUAGUUUAAUUGGUAGUGACGCAGAGGUAGCCAUUGGAGUUUAGCAAUUGGAGAAAGAAUGAUUUGUGGGCUCAAGCUCCGUACCGUGUCCUUUGUGUUGGUUGCAUUGCGGAGACCAACCUGCCACUGUAAGUGAACAAAUUCUACAAUAUUUCUCAUACAUCACAAUGCGGGUUAGUUGAUAACUCGAGGGUAGUUUAGGGAGAAAACUUCCAGUCCAAUCGUUAAGGUGGCCCUUGGAUUAGGACCAUAGUCGAUGAACUGCGGCCUUGAAGAUUCCCAGCACUUCCAUUCCUCUAGGUGUGGAAAUGAGAGAUUUGUCGUCUCAUGAUAGGGAUUUUGGGCUCAAAACACAUUGUGGAAUUGCACGCGGCACAUGUCUAUUACUCGGCCUCUGGCCUAGAUUAAUGGUAAAAUAGAGAUUGACAACAGGUGGGGGGCCAAUGGGGUGUAGAAAAACAAUGUGUUUGUUUCAUAUGUAGCUUGCAAAUGCUCUAGGAUUCUGCUCAUUUUGCCUCGUAGUUGACCCUCCUCAUUCGCAUAGCUAUUCUAUACCCUUGUCCAUUUACUAAUGUUGGGUUGCAGAUGAAGCUUUUCGAUACCGGAAAUCGUUGUUAUUGAGGUGAGGCGACUCGGUCACCAACCUCAGAAACUCCAAGAACUUGAAAUGAGUCAAUGUUGCUUGGCUCCCUUACCAGUCAGCAGUCUUUUAUGCUCCUAUUUUAUAACAUAUGCCACUGAAUAAAGAACAAAAGGGAAAACAACUAAUCAUCCUCUCGUGCUUGUUUAGUGGAUAAAGAUGCUUCGUCUGUUUUCCUCGAUUUACACGAAACAUGCCCAGUAAAUCCAAAGCCCAAUAUUAUGGGCCUCUACUGGAAGUCCAUGUGCCUUUGUUUGUCCUUUGGAUGGGAAUUAGAAGCCCAUUUAGUCCAAUCGUCUAAGAAGAACUCAAGUCCUUAGCCCUUCCCGGAUUCCAUUGCAAACUACAAUUUACAUCCCAUCUUGAUCGUGGAAUAUGGAAUUGUAGAAAAAAAAAAAAGUUUUUAAAAGAAGCAUAUAUCAAAUCCUAGUUAAUAAUUAUUUAAUUUUUUAAAUUUAAAUAAAAAUGAUUUUUAAAAUUUUAUUAAAGUUAAAUAUGUAAUUUUAAAUUUUAAAAAAAUUAUGAAAAUUUCCUAAUAUUAAGGAGCUUAUUAUAUCUGACAUUUCUUCAUGUUAUAUUGGAAAAGAAAAUUGAUAUAAUAGAAGAGAUGGAAAAGACAUCUUUCUUGUUUUUAACGGAACAUCCAUUUGCAUUUACUUUAAUCAUACCACAAUUAAUCAAUUAAGAAAACCAAUCAGGAAGCAAGAUGUGAAUCGACGGUCGUUUGAUUAAUUGAAAAACCAAUCAGAAAGCAAGAUGUGAAUCGACGUCAUCUGAUCUGAGAGUCUUUCCACGUUUCGUUGACCAAAAUAAUCUGUCCUCCCAUUCUCUGCAACUCCAAUGGCGGAUCCUUCUCUCCACCACGAGGCCCAACCCCUAAAGUUCAUUGCCGUCGACUACUGUCCCGAAUCAUGCACCCAUUCCCCGGAAUCCUCCACCAUCACCCUCACCUUUGACCACCGCGGCGGCUCGCGGUGGCGCUCCACCACCCGUUUCCAAUACGGCACCUUUAGCUCCCUCAUCCAGUGCCCCAAAGGCAACACCAGCGGCCUCAACUUCAACAUCUAUCUGUCCUCUCUCGAAGGCGACAAGUCCCAAGACGAAAUUGACUUCGAAUUCUUGGGCAAAGACAAGCGAAUCGUGCAGACAAAUUACUACACUGCGGGGACUGGAAACAGAGAAGCUAUACACGAUCUGGGUUUCGACUGUUCUGAUGGGUUUCACGAGUAUGUCAUCAAGUGGGGUCCAGAUUUGAUCCAAUGGUUGAUUGAUGGGAAAGUAAUUAGGUCGGUGGUGAGAGCUGAUGGAGAAGGGUUUCCACAGAAACCCAUGUUUCUGUAUGCCUCAGUUUGGGAUGCUAGCUACAUUGAUGAAGGGAGGUGGACUGGGCCUUAUGUGGGGUGUGAUGCACCCUAUAUUUGCCUCUACAAGAAUGUAAAUGUACCAGUUGGAACUGCUGUGGAGUAAGCUGGCGAUUUGUGACACGGUUUCUUGAUUUGGUGAGGUCGGUAUGUGAGAAUUUGGCAGAAUCACUUGUUUCUUUUCCUUUUCCCUUGUUGAGAUUCUGUUCUCUAAUAAUUGGAUUAUCUUCCAGUGGAAUGUUGUUGGUUGGUUUGGAUUUUCUGGGUUUGGUUGGUUUUUGUUGUUUUGUUUGCCACUUGAUUGAAUAAAAUGUCCAUUUCUUGUACUCAAA